CGAAGGCAAGACCGAAUCGAACACCAAGUAGCCUUCUCGGUCGCGGAACGAUGGCGUCAGCUCCCGUGAGAACUUUGUGUAUUUUAAGUUGUAUCAUAUCACUCACCCUGGGUUUUGGAUUUACGCUAUCGGGCGGCGAGCACUCGGAUUAUGAAGCUAGCGUGGCCGAGCUGGAGGCGAUUCUCCAGGACGAAGUCCGGCAGCUGCACGGGUGGCUCGACCGGAUACGGGAGAUAGAGGUUCUCAUGGUACACGUGAAACGCGAGAAAUCGGAUGUACUGCGCCGUCGGCGUCGUAACUUGCCCGAUCCUCGCCUGGGAAUGUUCGUCGGCAGGGUGGGACCGCCAGGAUUUCCCGGCCCGCAGGGCAUACCGGGAAAGAUCGGUCUGAGGGGUCACAAAGGUGAAAAGGGUCCACGGGGGAACCCGGGACUCCGAGGACCUCCGGGAUCGUACGGACAUCCGGGAUGGAGGGGACCACCAGGUUUCAUUGGUCACACUGGAGAUAAGGGAGAUAAUGGUUUCCAAGGUUUCAAUGGCAUCACGGGCCUGCGAGGCGACGUGGGCUGGGUGGGGGAGAACGGCCAGCACGGACAUAGGGGACCUCCCGGAGAGUAUGGUCACGUCGGUUUCCUAGGCAUGCCCGGGCCACCGGGGCCAAGGGGCCACGUCGGAGAGAUUGGCUUCAUUGGGCCACCAGGACAAAUCGGAAGUACAGGACUGCCGGGUCCAGUGGGUGAAUACGGGGAGCCAGGAGAGACAGGAGAGUGGGGAUUUGAAGGACCGGAAGGGCCGAGAGGUCCAAAAGGUCACCAAGGAGAGAGGGGAGAUGUGGGUGAUCUGGGGCCGUGGGGCCCUGUUGGUACACCAGGACCUAUGUAUGACCCCUACGCCGCAAUGUUACAACCGGCGCAGUUUCUCGCGGGGCCGCCUUUAGGUACAAAUACAAGCUGUAAUACAACUGACGACGGUUUGUCAAACUGCUCUUGGUUGGAAGGCGAUCAGCACGCCAUGGCGGCACAAACAGGUACAAAACACUCAAUGCCUGUGUAUCGCAACCCACCUCCGGGCGCUCAGGUACUUCCGGUAGAGGCGGUUCCAAUGCUCGGAAAGGCGACCUACAUGCACGCCCCGCCUCCCGGGCCGAAGGUGGCUGCAUACUACCCUGCGGACAUGGUCCACGACGUGAGAUAUUACGAGGAGGAGAAGGACAUUCUAACUGAAGCGGAAUAUUUCAAGAUGAUUAAGGAAUACGAGCAGAAGCUAGCCGCCGAGGCUGAGGCUAAAAAAGACGCUACUGAAAUCAGCGUACAUAGGGAAGAGAAUGGUGACAUCGUCGAACUUACUACGACACACGGAGGUCUACGCGUUACCGGAAGUAAAAAUUCAGACACGAGUAGCGAGUCCGCUAAUGUACAAGAGUCCGAUGACGUAGAAGAGGAGGCAGAUGAUGAUACUACUGAGUCAGAUGCUGAAGAAGAUGAACAUGGGGAGGGUUGGACGAGUGUUAUUGCGCAAACAACUACAAGCUCAACUGACGUAUACUAUGAAGAGUAA